AUGCGUAUGUAUCUCCAUGAUUUACUUAUUGAAAGAUCUAAUUAUGCUUUAAGAGAUGAUAAUCCAAAGUAUAAGCUAUUUAAAUAUAAGAUUCCCUUCAAUAAAUGAAGAUAUUAAAGCUGUUUGCUUAGUUCGUAAAAGACGUUCACAUGAGGAAGAGAAAUUGCAUUUAGAAUAGGUAAUCAUCUUAUAUUAAAUUAUAAGAAAUUACUUUCGAAAAUCUGUAUCAUUGAUUAAGAUGAUAUGUUUGACAAAUUUUGUUUAUAAGGUUCAUUAGAAGAUAUUAUAAACUUGUUAAUAGAAUGUUCUAAUGGAUUAGCAUUUUCUUCUUAGCCAAAAGUAACAAUAAAUUCAAUAGCUAAAUAAUAUAUUGUUAAUGAUGCAAUCUGGUUUAAUCCUAAAACUUAUUAAACCUGUGCUGGUUGGAUAAUAAAUGAGUUUGAAAAAGCGAUUGCUUUAAUGUAAAUAUAUUUUAUAGAAUUUAGAUAUUAUUAAAACUAAUAGGUAAAUUUAAAUGAUGAUAAUAAUUAAAUUUAAAAUUAAGAUCUUAAAAAAUAUUGGAUGGAAAAUCUUGAUUUUAAAAUAAAAAUCCUUAAUUAAAUACCAUAAAUUAGUAAGGAAUUUAAAAAUGCAUCUAAAAAGAAAAAUGCUAAAUAAGAAGAUAUUUUAUGGGUUUAAUUAAUAAUGAAAAAACCUUUACAAUAAAAUGAUACAUAAAAUACAUAUGAUAAAAAUAUUGCUAUUUUAUCAUAAUAAAUAAAUGAGAUAGAAAUUAAUUAAUUAUUUGAAAACAACAAUUUAAAUGAAAUUUAUUAUUUGCCUUUAGAAAGAUUCACUUAACUUUCAUCCUUUUGUGAAAAGAGGAUUUUAAGAAUGAUAAGAGAUUAAUUUAAAGAAAAAUUAGUUAAAGAUCUAUAAGAAAUAGAAGGUAAAGAAAAAAAGAAAUCUCAAGAUUAAAAAAAGAAAUCUAAAAAAGUAAAAAAGUAAAAAAAUAAAAAUGAUUCUUAAAAAAAUUUGAUAAUAUCAAAUUAAGAUAAAUGUAAUAGCUUUGAGAUUAUUGAUAAAUAAGAUACAACUUAGGAUGAUGUUCAUUGCACUGAAUGUGAUUGCAAUAGACAUUCAAAGUAUAAUAUAUUUUAACUUUAAGUUCUGGUUUAGUCAAUAAAUAAAUAGAUUUUAUAACUGUUAAUCUUGAAAAAAAAGAUAAUAAUAUAAUUUAGGAAACUAAAAUAAAUGAAAUUAUUUAAGAGAUAGAUCUUAAUGAAAAUGAAUAAAAUAAGUAGAAUGAUGAAGAAGAUAAUUGGGUUGUUAUAACAGGACCAUAAAAGUAAAGAAAGAAAACUUCAAGAAAAUUUGCUAGUUCCUAAGAUCUAAAAUUUAAGAAAUCUCAUUCUUAUAAUAAAUCUAAUUAAUAAAAUCAAAUUAUUACAACAUAAAAGCCUAACACUUAAAUAAUUAAAAAAGAUGUUUAAGAUUAAGAAAAAUAAAAAGAAACUUUCUAAAAUAGAAAUAGUUAAAAGGAUAUUAAUUAAGAAAUUUUUUGUUAAUAAAAGUUGAGUCCUGAAAAAAAAGAAGUAAAGUCUCCAUAAUCAUCAGAGAAUGUAGAAAUUGUAAAAUUAAAUAAAUCUUUUGAAAAUUCUAAAUAAUUUAAAGUAGAUGAAAAUGUAAAUAGUAAACCGUUAAAAUCUAUAAUAUAAAUCUAAGAUUUGAGUCUUUAUUAAAAUGAAUUGUUUUUAGAAAAUAAUAAUUUUAAAACAAAUAAUUCUGAAAAUAAUUUAGAAGAUUUGAAAUGUAAUAAUUUUGAUGAUAUUGAUAUUAUUCUUAUGAAUUAGGCAAGAUCUUUAAUGAUAAAGAAAUUAGAUAUGGAUAUGCGAGAAUUUAAUGAUUUAAUAUUUUAAUAAAAUUAGGAGAUUCUAAAAAUGAGAAAGUUAAUAUAUGAUAGAAUUUAAUUUGUUAUAAAUUAACUUUUUAGAGGUUAGAAUUUUUAUAAAUAAAUAGAAUUUAAUUCAACAGUUCGUCUUUUUGGAUCUUGUGCAACUGGUUUAGCUCUUCCAGAAAGUGAUAUUGAUAUAGGAAUAUCAGGAUUUGAAUUAUUUCCUACACCUAAAUUAAAUGGACCAAUUUAAAAAAUUAUUGAUUUUCUUUAAAAAAUGAAAUGGGUUAAAAAUAUAAGGUAUAAAUUAAUAUUAUUUUAAGGGCAAUUACAACUUCAAAUAUGCCAUUAAUCAAAUUAUAAGUAGAUCCUACUAUUUCUUUUGUUGAUUCCUCUCAUAAUAUAGUAUUACCUUAUAUUGAUUUAAUUCCAAAGUAUAAAGUUUUAUAGAUUAUUAGUAAUAAUGAAGAGAUAUCUCCACAUCUAUUUAGUGUAGAUAUCAGUUUUUUUUAAUAUCAAGGUGUUACAUAAAAUUAGCAUUUAGGAUAAAUUUCAACAGAAUUAACUUUAUAAUGGUUAUCUUUUUAUGGUGAAUUAAGACCAAUUGUUCUAUUAUUCAAAAGUUUAUUAAAAAAAAGAGGAUUAAAUGAUUAAUAUAAAGGAGGGAUUUCUUCAUUUUGCAUUAUACAAAUGGUAUUAGCAUUCUUAUAAAAUUGUUAUUUAUCGAAUUAAGCUUCUACUAUUGGAUUCACAACUUAUAGAUUCUUAAAAUUUUAUGGAAUCGAAUUUGAUACCAAAAAAACAGGAAUAAAUUACAAAGGUUUCAAUUAAGAGUAAAAAUUUAAUUUAAUUUAGUCCCUUUUUUGAACUUAAUUAAGAAGAUAAUUAAUUAUAAAUUACUAUAGUCUCUCCAAUAACUAAUGAAAUAAUCAGUUAAGCUAGUUCAUUUGUCUAAACUAUUCUAUAAGAUAUAAAGGCUUUAUAUUUAGCAACAGAAAAUGAAGUUACUUUCUUUUAUGAAAAGAUUAAAUAUAAUAAAAAGAAAAAGGGAAUAAAAGAAGAAAGAAAUUUAUUUCAAAAAGAACUUAACAAACUUCAUCCACUUUUUAGCACUACUGUAUAUAAUAAAAUUUGA